AACUCUCUGAACAUUUGAUCCAAAACUCAGUUAUUCUCCGAAAUGAAGCUUACUGUGAAGACUCUCAAGGGCAGCCACUUCGAAAUUAGGGUUCAACCCACUGACACCAAUCCACAUGCUAUUCCUUCGUUAGUGUGCUGUAGUAUUGGAUGACCUAUUCAGAUGAUUGUUCGUGGAUGAUUGAACUUCAACUUCAAAUAAUACUAGAUCAUGGUGGUUAAGAAAAACAUUGAAGAUAUACAAGGGAAAGACAAUUAUCCAUGUGGGCAGCAAUUGCUGAUUCACAAUGGGAAGGUCUUAAAAGAUGAAAGUACACUGGCAGAGAACAAGGUCACUGAAGAUGGAUUUCUUGUUGUCAUGCUUAGCAAGAGUAAACCUUUGGGAUCAAGCGGGACAUCAUCCACACAGCCUGCUUCCACAAUUGCACCAACUUCAAGUCCUGCUCCUACUCCUGCUCCUGAAGUUCCUUUACAACCACCGGCCUCUGAGAGUGCUGCUUCUGAUUCUUUGGUGGCUUCAACUAGACCUUCUGAUACAUAUGGUCAAGCUGCUUCCAGUUUAGUUGCUGGUAAUAAUCUUGAGCAGACUAUUCAACAAAUAAUGGAUAUGGGCGGUGGCAAUUGGGAUAAAGAAACUGUUACCCGUGCACUUCGAGCUGCUUACAACAAUCCAGAGAGAGCUGUGGAUUACUUAUAUUCUGGUAUUCCAGAAACAGCAGAAGUUGCAGUUCCAGUGGCUCGUUUUCCUGCAAAUCAGGCAACUAGUGGUGUCAAUCCCAUUACUGAAACAGGUGCAGCUCUUGCACCUGUCUCCGGGGCACCAAAUUCUUCUCCCUUGAAUUUGUUUCCUCAGGGGACACUUUCUGGUGCAAGUGGUGUUGGUCUUGGAUCCCUUGAUUUCCUUAGAAACAACCAACAGUUCCAAGCGUUGCGUUCAAUGGUGCAAGCAAAUCCACAAAUUUUGCAGCCCAUGCUUCAGGAGCUUGGAAAGCAAAACCCUCAACUUUUAAGACUGAUUCAGGAACACCAUGCAGAGUUCCUUCAAUUAAUAAAUGAACCUGUUGAAGGUUCUGAAGGGGAUUUGCUUGAUCAACCUGAGCAGGACAUGCCUCAUGCCAUUAGUGUCACACCAGCAGAGCAGGAAGCCAUUGAACGACUUGAGGCGAUGGGGUUUGAUAGAGCCCUUGUUAUUGAGGCCUUUUUAGCCUGUGACCGCAAUGAGGAAUUGGCUGCUAACUACUUGUUGGAGAAUGCUGGAGAUUACGAAGACUGAGUAAUAAACCUCAAUUUUGCAAUCUCAGAUUUUGAUUCAGCAUCUUUCUUUUCUUCCAUUGGGUCUGGGUGUUUGUGAAAUUCUCCUUAUUUAUGGUUUGGAUUUGUUUCUUUGGUUGGGAUUCACCUUUUCUCUAUUGGUUUUCCUAAUUAAGUAGCAAGGGUUGGGUUGGUUGAGGUGACCUAGAAUAUAUUUCUCAUAUAAAACCAAAAAGCUUCUUCGCCUAACGGGAAAAAAAUGUAGUUUUUUAUGACACUUCAUAGAGCAAGAAUCAAAUGACAUUUCAAAAAAUUAUAUAUUUCAUUUUAGUCAUACAUUUUAUGCGUGUAGCCCUUCUAACAAGCUUCAUAGGAGGAAAGAAAUAUGGCUUUUCCCUCAAAUAUUUGGCUAAUGUGUGGUCAUACAAGAGGCUGUCGAUCUUCAUUUUCCAUAUCGUCCUUUUGUGAUAGAGAUUUGUCUCUUUCUUACAACGUAGUUAUCAGACCUUAUUAUUUUGUCAUGGAGGGAAUCAUAGUCCUUUCUUUUAGUACAUCUAAUUAUGGUUUGAUUUCCCUGGUUGUGAGUGUCAAUCUUCUUGGAUAAUUAAAACCCUCCUUCCGUCACUUCAAAAACUUUCUGUGAGUGGUCAACUCGCACUAUCUUAUCUUUUUUUCUGCCAACAUUUCAUUCCCAUGAAAACAUUCUCCCCCACUUGCUUGAAAAUCCUUACACUGAUUUUUAUAUCAUGAAUGAUCCAUGGUCAUUGGUGUUGGAAACUAGUGCAAAUUUGUUUUGGUUUGCUAGAUCUACUGAAUCUGGUGUGCCAUUUCGUGCUUAACAGGGCUUUGAGGAGAGAGCUUCUUUUCACAUGUUUAUUUUAUAUUAGACUCUUGGUGGAUAGAUGAUUAGUGGGAGAUUCAACUUCAUUUGUUGCAGAUACUUGUAAGAACUGUGUUCAUUGGAUUAAUCAUGACCCCCAGGUUUUUUUUAAUAAUUAAAAAACUACUAUUAUUCUUCUUUUUUGGUCUGAA